AUGUUAUCUUGCAGUGUGUGCAGAAAGAGGAAAAAGAAGUGCGACUUUAAUCUUCCUAGUUGCAAAAACUGCGAGGCAUUGGGAACUGUUUGUCUCUUCUACGACGAAGGACUCGGAAAGACAGUUUCCAGAAGAUAUUUAAAAAGCCUGGAUGAUCGUGUAAAGGAACUUAAACACGAGAUCAAGAUUUACGAGUCCAAAAUACUGCAAAGGAAAGUCCAAGAUUCAGAGACAUCCCAUGAUAGCCGGCUCAAUGAUACUGUUAAGACGCCAUUAAAGUCUGGCUGUUUCGUUGAAGGAAAAUCCGACACAUAUUAUUUUGGACCAGGAUCUAUUGUUUCCCUCAUUUACUCUGCCGCUAAACUUUUGAAUCUCGACUACGAUCCAAAUCGCUUUCAAUACACAAUAGGCGAUAUAAGCCUUCCACAAUUGAAAGUACCGUUUGAUCUGAUGAAUAUUAGCAGUGAUCACAUAAGACUGCUGAUUGAGAACUACCUGAGCUCUAUCUAUCCGUCUUUUCCUUUGCUAUCGGAGAACUUCUUUCAUUUUGAAGUUACGAUUCGGAACUACCCUGCAUACGAGCAACUAUUUGUGCUACUGAUAUUUCUUAUAUCGGCAACAAACCUGAUGAGAAAACAAAGUGAUUUUGUUUAUAUCAAGAUAAUGCUUCAUCAGAAAGUCAUUGAGCUAAUGAAAGUGAAAGUGGCAGAGGCAGAUGGUGACACACUUCUAGCAUUAGUGUAUUAUUCAAUAUACGAGUCAAUGGAUCCAGAGAGCAAUCCUCCCUUGUGGAAAACAUUAUCUCUAGCCUGUGGAUUGGCUGAAAAACUUAGAUUAUCUGAUUUCUGCUGCAAAAUACCACUUACUGGUAAAGUCUGCGACCAGAUAUCUCGCAUUUCCUUAUUCAAGACUUUGUAUCAGCUGGAGAUCAAUGUUUCAAUGUGUCUUGGGCGGCCACCAGCUAUCUACCUAUCUAGAAAUCAGAUUCUAAAUCUCGAAAUUGAUGAUACGGAGAGCAGACUGAGACUACUCGAACUCACAAGCAGGAUUGACUUGUUUCGUAAGGUUUAUGGAAAAGACGCACGAUGCCCUCUAAACGUGGUAAAACCUAUUGUUCAGGAUUAUCAGCAUGAAGAUCUUCACUGCAUUUCCUUUUGGUCGCUUCUCCAGCACGGUUGCACUGACUGUGUUAUUUAUCUUCUGGAUUCAAACGCUAUGAAAGCAUCCAUCAACCUUAUUAACGAAACAAACAAGAAAAUGAAGAGCUCGAUGCCGGUCUGUUUUUGGGUUGAAACCUUCAAUAUCACAGUAUCGCUCCUGAGCAUCGCAGUUGUACUGAAAUUUCGUCCGGAGGCACUAGAAGACAAAGUGCUCGAGUGUCAUAUUAUGGAUGCGCUUCAUCUCGGAAGGAAACUUCUUGUAGAGUAUGCAACAUUAUGGAACUCCGCUCAACCUUGGUUAUCGUUUACCGAGCUAGUCUUUGAGAAUUUCAAAAAAACCGGAGAAAAAACUUCUAGCUUUUAUUUAUGA